CGGCGGGCGGGGCGCCAUGGCGGCCGCCGCGGAGCUGCAGGGGAAGUACCAGAAGCUGGCGCAGGAGUACUCCAAGCUUCGAGCUCAGAACCAGGUGCUGAAAAAGGGGGUUGUAGAUGAACAAGCAAACUCUGCUUCUCUGAAGGAGCAACUGAAGAUGAAGGAUCAAUCACUGAGAAAACUGCAACAGGAAAUGGACAGUUUGACCUUUCGGAAUCAGCAGCUUGCCAAGCGAGUGGAACUGCUCCAAGAUGAACUUGCUUUAAGUGAAGCUAGGGGCAAGAAGAAUAAGAAAAGUGGAGAAUCUUCAUCUCAGUUGAGUCAAGAGCAGAAAAGUGUCUUCAAUGAAGAUCUUCAGAAGAAGAUAGAAGAGAAUGAACGACUGCAUAUACUGUUCUUUGAAGCAGAUGAACAGCACAAACGUUUAGAAGCAGAGCUGAGAAGCAGACUUGAAGUUUUGGAAACUGAGGCUGCCCAGCAUCAAGCUGUGGUGGACAGUUUAACACGGAAAUAUGUGGAUACCAUAGAAAAGCUGCAAAAUGAUAAAGCUAAAUUGGAAAUCAAGUCUCAGACACUAGAAAGAGAAGCUAAGGACUGUAGGCUUCGAACCGAAGAAUGCCAGCAACAGCUGAAAAAUCUCCAAGCAGCUUUGGGCAGUAGAUUGGAAGAAUCUCUGUGCAUAAUCAAUGAAAAAGUACCUUUUAAUGACACGAGAUCUCUUCGGUACAAUGCUCUUAAUGUACCAUUACACAAUAGAAGAUAUCAGCUGAAGUUGCGAGACCUUGCUGGGCAGGCACUAGCUUUUGUUCAAGAUCUUGUAACAGCUCUUCUGAACUUUCAUACAUACACUGAGCAGAAAGUCCAGAUAUUUCCUGUUGAUUCUGCAACAGACACUAUAUCACCAUUAAAUCAGAAGUUCUCACAGUAUCUUCAUGAAAAUGCAGCGUAUGUUCGCCCUCUGGAGGAAGGAAUGCUUCACUUAUUUGAGAGCGUUACAGAAGAUACUGUGACAGUGCUGGAAACAGCUGUGAAAUUGAGGGCUUUUGCAGAACACUUAUCUUCAUACUUAAACUUUUUAAGAAAGAUUCUUCCUUACCAGUUAAAAAGUUUGGAAGAAGAGUGUGAGUCUUCUCUUUGCACAGCUGCCUUAAAAGCUAGAAAUAUGGAGUUACACAAAGACAUGAAAAAGUUGACUGCAGUCUUUGAGAAGCUGCACACUUACAUUAGUCUUCUUGCUUUGCCAAGUACAAAACCAGAAGGUCUUCUUAGGACAAAUUACAGCUUUGUAUUUACAACUAUUGCUGCAAAUCUUCAUGGAUUUCAUGACAUUCUGAAAGACAUUUCCAAGCACUACAGUCAGAAAGCAACUUUAGAACAGGAGGUUCCAACAGCCACGCAAAAACUUGUAACAACAAAUGACUGUAUUUUAUCCUCUGUUGUGGCUUUAACAAAUGGAGUGGGCAAGAUUGCCUCGUUCUUUAGCAACAAUUUGGAUCACUUCACUACUUCGUUGAGUUAUGGGCCUAAAGGAGGAACAGAGUUCAUCAGCCCUCUUUCGGCUGAGUGUAUGCUGCAGUACAAGAAAAAGGCAGCUGCCUAUAUGAAGUCUUUGAAGAAGCCUUGUUCAGAUUCAGUGCCUUAUGAAGAGGCUUUGGCCAAUCGCAGAGUUCUUCUGAGCUCCACAGAAAGCAGAGAAGGCCUUGCACAACAGGUUCAGCAGAGUCUGGAGAAAAUUGCAAAACUUGAACAGGAAAAAGAACACUGGAUGUUGGAGGCCCAACUAGCUAAAAUAAAGCUAGAGAAAGAAAACCAAAAACUGAAGCACUCUCUUAGUGGACAUUUAGCUGAAACUAUACAAGAGCGCUCUGUCUUGCCAAAUAUAACUGAACUGAAGGAGGAAACCAUAGAAAAAAGUCAGAGGGAGCCUGUUAAAAGUGCUAGUCUGAUUGGAAUGUUGACUAUAACUACUGAUAAUGAAAAGGCUCCAGAUAACGAGUCUCGUGAGGACUUGAUAAAAAACCACUAUAUGGCAAGGAUAGCAGAACUUACAUCUCAUUUACAGCUUGCUGACAGCAAAUCAGUACACUUUCAUGCUGAGUGUCGAGCGCUUGCCAAAAGAUUGGCUUUAGCAGAGAAGUCCAAGGAAUCGCUCAUGGAAGAGUUGAAACUAGCUAGUCAAAACAUCAGUAGACUACAGGAUGAAUUGAUGACGACAAAGAGAAGUUAUGAGGAUCAGUUAAGUAUGAUGAGUGACCAUCUCUGCAGUAUGAAUGAAACCUUAACUAAACAGAGAGAAGAAAUUGAUACACUGAAGAUGACAAGUAAGGGAAAUUCUAAAAAGAACAAAAGUCGAUAGUUCACAACUAAUCAACUGUCUUCAGAGGCUGCUGCUGCUCAGAACACAGAUACAGAAAACUGUGUCCAGUUCCUGUUUGAUACAGGAAGCAGAGGUGGUAUUCGGUCUAGUAAAAACUGAUUUGGUGCUGUAAAUGGCUUUCAAACAUUUAGAACUUGUAACAGAUGAAACACAACUUAAUGUUGGCUCCAAACCAGAAAAUAUACACUCUGUGGAUAAUUUAUAUAGUAAUUACCUUCAGUUUUUACUGUGCACUUUUUAAAACCAGGUUUUAAUUUCAUGUUAUUACUUCAGAUUUUGUAUGUUUUCAGAUCUGACAGUGCGUUAACUUGGUAUCAGUGCAGUAGUUGUCUAUUUCUGAGUUAAGUUAAACUGUCAACAUGUGUACAUCCAGUUACUUGUUAAUAGUUUAAAAAUAAUUUUGAAGACUUUUGGGGGGCUAUGCAAGCUGUGCAAUUACUGUAAAUGUAUUGUUCCUGUUCUCGGCUCUUUUGAAUUAAUUGGGAUUGUGGCUUUAAAAAUGAAUUCUAUAAAUUCACCCAAGUAAAUCGGAUCAUUCUUAUUUUAGACCAUAAUAAUGAAAACCUGCUUGCUUGUAUUUGGCACUUUGGAUUUUGAAAUAAAGAGCACAAAUAGUUAAAUUGGGAUAUGUCUAUGAAAUUGCUUUAAGCCCUUAUUUAGUCAUUUUGACUACUGAAUUAAAUAGCUGUUUAAAGCUAGAGCAAAAUGUGAUUGUAAGAUGCCCGAAAAGAGCGAAGCAGUAUACAUUUGUAGAAUAGAUCAGCUUACAAUGCUUUCUCACGAUAAAGAAAAAUAUGAAAUAUGUAGAAGAUUGAAACUCUGAAUUUGCAGAAAGUCUUUGGAAUUAAGAUGCUAUCCUGAUGGAGUGGUUUUGGAUGAGGAUGUGGCUUUUUCUGUGUUUCAGGAAGUCUGUGAGCUUUCAGCCUCCUAAACCUCUUAGAAAUUUUAAGUGAAAUCUUAUUACCACAAGUUUUCAUAGCUUUUUUUUUUUUUUUUUUUUUUUUGAAAUCGAAUGCUGUGCUGCUCAACACUUUACAUUGAGCUUCUAUUCCAUAAUUUGUGUUAUGGCACUUACUUGUCCCUUACAGGUUUACUCUGAUAUCAGCUGUAUCAAUGUGUGUUCUGAGUACGUAAUAAAAUCAGUUGCACAAAGGCA